AUGGCUUCUACCGAAACUCAAACUGCCCUUCAAUCGGCGUCGCCAGAUGGUACAGGUGUUAUCCAGCUUGAUCCUUGGCUUGAGCCCUUCCGCGAUGCUCUGAAGCAGAGAUUCCAGUACGUAGAGAGCUGGGUCAAGACGAUUAAUGAAACUGAGGGCGGGUUGGACAAGUUUAGCAGGGGCUACGAGAGAUACGGUCUCAAUGUCAACGCCAAUGGCGACAUCACUUACAGAGAAUGGGCGCCUAAUGCUGUUGAAGCUGAGCUAGUUGGGGACUUCAACAAUUGGGAUGUCACGGCCCACCCGAUGACGAAGAACAGCUUCGGUGUCUGGGAAAUUACAUUGCCUGCGAAAGAUGGGGUCCCGGUGAUCCCUCAUGACAGCAAGAUCAAGAUAACCAUGGUCACUCCCGAAGGAGAACGAAUCUACCGAAUCCCUGCAUGGAUCAAGCGUGUCGUGCAAGAUCUUACUGUGUCUCCGACAUAUGAGUCGGUCUUCUGGAACCCUCCAGCUACUGAGCGCUAUCAAUUCAAGCAUUCUCGCCCAAAGAGGCCCGAAAGCCUUCGUAUCUAUGAAGCCCACGUGGGUAUUUCUUCGCCAGAAACGAGGGUCGCAACUUACAAAGAGUUCACUGCCAAUAUGCUACCUCGUAUCAAGUAUCUGGGGUACAAUGCGAUUCAACUCAUGGCCAUUAUGGAACAUGCCUACUACGCCAGCUUCGGGUACCAGGUCAAUAGCUUCUUCGCGGCUAGCAGUCGCUAUGGUACGCCGGAAGACCUGAAAGAGCUAGUAGAUACAGCACAUAGUAUGGGCUUGGUGGUGCUUCUUGACGUCGUCCACAGCCAUGCGUCCAAGAAUGUUCUGGACGGGCUGAACAUGUUUGAUGGCUCUGACCAUCUCUACUUCCACUCCGGUGGGAAGGGUCAGCAUGACCUCUGGGACAGUCGUCUGUUCAACUACGGCAGCCAUGAGGUUCUGAGGUUCCUCCUGAGCAAUCUCCGCUUCUGGAUGGAAGAAUAUAAGUUUGACGGCUUCCGUUUUGAUGGUGUUACAAGUAUGCUUUAUGUCCACCACGGCAUAGGAACAGGAUUCUCUGGCGGAUAUCACGAAUACUUUGGCGGUUCAGUAGAUGGCGAAGGUGUGAUGUACCUGACCUUGGCCAACGAAAUGCUCCACAGUCUAUACCCCGAGUGCAUAACUGUGGCAGAGGAUGUAUCUGGAAUGCCUGCACUGUGCUUGCCGCACGCCCUUGGGGGUGUUGGAUUUGACUACCGACUUGCCAUGGCAAUUCCAGACAUGUACAUCAAGCUCCUGAAAGAGAAGUCGGACAGUGAAUGGGACAUUGGCAACCUCUCCUUCACGUUGACCAACCGACGUCACGGGGAGAAGACGAUUGCCUACGCGGAGAGCCAUGAUCAGGCGCUUGUUGGCGACAAAUCCAUCAUGAUGUGGCUCUGCGACAAGGAGAUGUACACCCACAUGUCCGUGUUGACAGAGUUUACGCCUAUCAUUGAAAGAGGCAUGGCUCUUCACAAGAUGCUCCGCCUGGUUACCCAUGCUCUCGGUGGUGAGGGUUAUCUCAACUUUGAAGGUAACGAAUUCGGUCAUCCCGAAUGGCUCGAUUUCCCUCGUGCCGGCAAUAACAAUUCGUUCUGGUACGCACGUCGCCAACUAAACCUAACGGAAGACCAUCUGCUCCGCUAUAAGUUUCUGAAUGACUUCGACCGCGCCAUGCAGCUAACCGAAGAGAAAUACGGCUGGCUCCAUUCCCCACAAGCAUACAUCAGCCUGAAGCACGAGGGUGACAAGGUCCUUGUCUUUGAACGUGCGGGCCUCCUCUGGAUCUUUAACUUCCAUCCUACAAACAGCUUCACAGACUACAGAGUGGGCGUUGAGCAAGCCGGAACCUACAGAAUCGUGCUUGACACCGAUGACAAGGAGUUCGGUGGCUUCGGCCGCAAUCUCAAGGAAACGCGCUUCUUCACGACAGAUCUGCCUUGGAAUGACCGCAGCAAUUAUCUGCAGGUCUAUAUCCCAACGCGAACAGCACUGGUUCUUGCCUUGGAAGAGACCCUAUAG